GCUUCCUUCGCCUUGUCCGCGCCUUGAGAGGCAUCCGUGUGGUACGGCUCCUGCGGUAUAUAGGUGCGCUGAGAACCAUUGUCUUCUCCAUCAUCAGUACUCUGGGCUCCGUCUUCUGGACGUCCCUGCUGCUGGUGGUCCUCUUCUACUUAUUUGGCGUGCUGAUCGCACAAAUCGUCACAGACCACUGCAGGCACGUGAAGUUCCAACCAGAUUCCUUGGACUGUGCCAAUGAGGAAGUGUUCGGCAAACUCUUGACAUAUUGGUCCAGCGUGCCUGAGAGCAUGCUGACGCUUCUCAUGGCAAUCACCGGCGGGCUGAGCUGGAAUGAUGCCCUGACGCCUUUGCGGCCCAUCUCGGAGAUCGCUGUGACGGGCUUGAUCGCGUACAUCGUGAUAACCGUGCUAGCCGUGUUGAAUGUUGUCACUGGUGUCUUCUGCAAUAUGGCAAUCGAGUCUGCGCGUGCCGACAAGGACAUUGCCAUCAUGCAGCAAAUCCACAAACAUGAGGCGCAAGUGGAUUCCUUGCGAGAGAUCUUCCACGAAAUUGAUCUGGAUGGAUCCAAUGUGAUCACCGUUGCAGAGCUCAAGGAGGCGAUGAAGGGCCAAAAGAUGUCCAGCUUCAUGCAGUCGAUGGAUAUCUCCACCAACGAUGUCUUCACCCUCUUCAUGGUGAUCGAUGCAGAUGGUAGCGGCGAGAUCACGCUGGAAGAGUUCGUCUACGGCUGUAUGCAGCUGCAAGGUCCUGCAAAGGGCCUGCAGAUUGCAAGGAUGAGCUAUGAGAACACAGUUAUCCGGAAGGAGCUCAAGCAGCUUAGAGCAGAUGUGAAGAAAGUCUUUUACCGUUUGGAACAGGUGCGUUCGGUGUCUAAAGAA